AGUCAAGCCAAACCGUCUGAAGCACGUCGAAAGCGGAACUUCUCUCCUUUAUACGUAACUUAAAAGUUACUUAAAAGUAACCAGCCAGUAGUUGAUACAACCAUCAAUGAUGUACUUUGCCCUUGGCCUGCUGAUGUCUCCAUUCAUCCUGCAUGACAUCUGGUGCCUUGAUUGUCCUUCAACGUACGCGCAAACGAACUUCAUACUCAAGCACCAUGUUCUGUCGUCGACAACGGUGAAGAACUACCAAGAAUGCUACGGUAAAUGUGCAUCUACCACGGAUUGCCAUAGCAUGAAUUUCUAUGACAGGAGCCAAAGAUGCGAGUUGAACAAAGGCAGUCACUUGUCCAAUCCUGUUGACUUGGUCUACAACGAAGAAGGCACUUAUUCGGUGCAUGAUAGUCGGUCUGUGGCGACGUGCAGUGACAAAUAUUGUGGUACUGAUACCAUUUGUGUGGUAAAUAAUCAACUGAAUAACAACUUUGAAUGCAAAGAAUGUGCGUUGGCGUUUGGAAUGGGAGUUAAUUCGAGCAAGAUUCCAAACUCAGCGAUAACUGCGUCUUCUUCGCACGGUUCUGCACAUGAGUCUUGGAGGGGGCGACUAAAUAACUACCCCGUCACCAGACCUUAUAGCGCUGGAUGUUGGGCAGCAGGGGAUAACACCGUAGGACAGUACUUACAGGUGGACUUGGGACACGUGGUAUACGUCACCAUGGUAGCAACACAAGGGAGGUCACAUGAUAGUCUUGAGCAGUAUGUGACAAAAUACAGUCUGGCUUACAAGAGCACCGACAGUUCGUUUGUUGAUUACGAAAUGGCAAACACUGUAAAGGUCUUUCAGGCGAACACUGACAAGACAUCGAUCGUAACCCACAGGCUUCCUGAGAAGAUAAAAACCCGGUACAUCAGAUUUGUUGUACGAGAAUGGUAUGGCCAUAUUUCGAUGAGAGCCGAGGUUUAUGGAUGCCAAAUUCCUGCAUAAAUGAAAACCAAAUUCGACCUCUGACCCCCAAUCCUUGGGACAGGCCGGGGAAUCAAGCUAUACGCACUGUUCAAAUCCCCGGUAUGCCCCGGGGGUCGGGGAAUGGAGGUUUCUAUUGGCCAAUGUAUUCGCUGAUCAGGCUUGUCUCGCUCAGAAUUAGCACUGCACAAGUUUCACUGUCGGGC